UUAUUAUAAUUUAUUUAUAAGCAACUGAAAUAGCCUAGCCUUAGCCCGGUAAUAACCAUUUAUUUAAUGGUGGUUUCAUCUAUGCAAAGCACACACUGUCGGGAAGACUGCGAAAGCAGCUCUCUAUUCUAUAAAUGAUAGCAUGGCAUGCCUAUGCUUAUGCGGCUUCAGGGACGCGCACUGUCCUAUACGACGUCCUAUCUAACUAUAACACAACCAUGGGUCGACUGCGCUCGUGCGUGAAUUCACUCGCGACGAGUAUUCGCUACGUGUGACCGAGGCUUAACACAGGAGCAAGGUGUGUAGGUAAGUAAAUGAAACUGCGGCGAACGAAGAACAACCUGCACAUAGAAUAGACGUUCGCAAUUCGCAGUCACCCGAAUAUACAUAGCCACUUCUUAGAGCUAUACAAAAUGUUGAAAUACACAAAUAUUGCGAUACCCACCUAUAUCUCGUUCCUGCAACAUGUAACUAGUAGAGGCUGAUGCUGCUGAUGGGUUUGUUGGCAUCGAUGUAGUUGCCGCAUGCGUGGAUGCACAUGGGACACCAUCAAAUUCAAUCUCUUUCCCUGGAUCUGCAACUGCAUCGUCGGUUUUUUGUUUUUUUGGUAAAAAAACGCACUUAUUCUCUUUAGCCUUUUCUUAUCUUUAUCACACAUUGUAUUAUAUACAGUAAUAUUACUUGUUACUAGCUAAAACUACACUGAACUAAGUAGGCUACAAAGAGACGUUUAUUUUAGUUUACAUAAUUAUAACGAGCGCAUGAAAAACUCGGCCGGCUAUGACCUGUCGGAAGUCGCGUACUGUCGGAUGAGUACUGCGAAAGCCGAACUGUUCAUUUUGCAGUAGGUUGUGUUUGUGUAUGUGUCGGUUGAGUCAGACAGCGACUUUCGACACAGAACUUAGGAGGCUUAUCGGCCUGCAAUUCUGGAGUUAGCAUUUUGUCCUUACCCGGCUUGUGGAAAACUAUCAUUUUAGCUUCUUUCCACUGGGAGGAAAUAUAUUUAGUCUGAGCAUUGAGUUUAUGCAUUUAGUCAAAUAUUCUAAGGCCUCAUACGGGAGCUGUUUGAGAACAGCCUGGAUUCUGUUGUUUUCGCAGCUUAAUUUUCUUUAUGGCUUGCUUAAUUCCAGUGCCUGUGUGAUCCUAGGUUCAGAAGCAGAGGGCUGGCUCAGCCAGUGGUAUUUUUGCGCUGUGAAUUGCCUGUCACAAGGCUGCAUGUUGGGUUAAAUGGAAGUUUCGAGUACAUUAGCGAAAGCUUGUGCUUUGUCGCGGGGCUGAAAAACUAGUCUGUUAUAUGUUUGGAGGGGCGGAACUAUUUCCGAUUUAUUUAAAUAUCACCUCGUUAUAUUUCAGGUGCGAUGAUGCGCGAUUUCCGCUUCCCUUUGGCUGCUUCGCCAUAGUCGUUUGAAAUAACCGAUUGUAGCUUGUUUAUUCGAUUUUUUGUGUUCUGUGUAUGUCUCCGCGUGUAUUCGCGACAGUUUUUUUGCGAUUUAGUUCGCGGAUACAUGCUGGCAGUUUAUCAUGUAUUGCUCGCAGGCUUUCACGGCUAUUGGCUGAAGUAGCUUGGCUUCUGGGUUGUAGCCGUGUCCUUGGCGAAUAAUUCACCAACGUUUCGGUCGACGUUGCAGUCGCCAUCAUAACUGUGUGACCUUCUGUUCCGCAGUGUGGCCCACCUGUCUCCACACCCUCAACUCACUGCUCUCUCAGGGGUCACAUUUGCUCCUGCAGGAUUGACCUACUUACGUGCCCAGUGUGCCUGCAGGCACAUAAACUGAAAACUUGAAUGUGAAAAUUAAAUUUACUUUUAAUAGAUCAGCCUCUAAUUUCAUUUUUUCGGUCAGUCAUUUCAGUCGGACUCAAUAAAAAAAAUAAUAUAGCAAUCUCAGUGAUGAUUCUCAAGUAGGGUCUAUGUAAAGGUCAACUAAACCUUGAUAUAUUUUUGUUUAAUGGUUAUAUCUGCCAAUUAUAGAAGUAAAUGUACUUAAAUUAUCACAAAAUUGUGUUUACCGGCGGCCGGCCGGUAACGUUUUGUCUAUUCUUUAAUAACUUUAUUUAUGAAUUUUUUAAACAAUAAUAACAAAUUUAAUUUCGUUUUCUACGAUUAUGUAAAAGUUACCGAGUUGUUAUUUGUUAUACUAUGUUUUGAAUUGCCUACCUAUAUGUUAACCGAAAGAUGCAUAUGAGUCACCUUACCUCAAUUUGAUAGAUUCUAUUAUAUUAGUAAUUUCAGCAAGCAGACUUUUUCUGACUUUCUAUUUGUAUUCUUUUGUCUUCUGAUCCACCUAUUAUAAUCAACGAGUGUUAUAAAUAAAAUUUGUUGUGCCCCUUUGGUGUUUUGCCUCUGAGUUGGUAUUUGCCUAGUACGUUUCAAUACUUGCCUACCCAUACAGUUACAAAGUAAUAAACACAGAAACACCGAGGUGUUUCAAAGUCACCAACUACUUCUUGGCCUCUGGAGUGUGGCCGAGGCCAUGAACAAGGCAACGGCAACAUCAUCAUUAAUGGCCGUGAAGCCAAGAAGUAGUUGACUGGCCCCUGAGGCUCCGACCGACGGGCGUGGCGUAUCCGCAGGUGACCUUGACCUUGACUUCGGCUCGCUGGGGCGAUGCUGCGGGACCUCAGGAGCUCCAGGGAGGCGCUGGUCGGCGUGGUGUACGCGCUGCUCUUCCUGGACAACAUGCUGCUGACUGUCGUCGUGCCCAUCGUGCCGGACCUCCUGCAGCGACUGGAGGCCAUGGCGGACGGCAACAGCUCUCGGCCCGCGGCGGACGAGAACGGCCGCGUGGGAGCGCUGCUGUCCUCCAAGGCUCUGGUGCAGCUGGUGGUGAGCCCUGCGGUGGGGCGCCUGGGACACCGGGUCCCCCUGCUCGCCGGCUGCACCAGCCUGCUGGUUGCCUCGCUCGUGUUCGCGUUCAGCCAGCAGUACUACUCCCUGCUGGCCGCCCGCAGUCUGCAGGGUGUCGCCUCCGCGUGCAUAGGAGUCUCCGGCAUGAGCCUGGUGGCGGAGCAGUACCAGGAGCAGGCGGCGCGCAGUCGCGUGAUGGGGGUGGUUCUGGGCAGCGUGGCGCUGGGGGUGCUGGUCGGCUACCCCUUCGGCGGCCUGCUCUACGACUUCGUCGGCAAGAUGGCGCCCUUCCUCGUCAUAGCGGCGCUCGCCUUCCUCAACGGCGUUGUGCAACUCUUGCUGCUGGAUAUGAAGAGUGCUCGUGAGCACGCUGUGUCUGGGAUGGGCAUCACCACACUGCUGGCAGAUGGAAUGGUGCUAGCAGUAGCCGGGGCCAUAUGGCUGUCCACUUCUGCCAUGGCUGUGUUGGAGCCCUGCCUGCCAAUCUGGCUCAUGGACACGCUGCGGCCGCAGAAAUGGCAACUGGGCAUGGUGUUCAUCCCGGACAGCCUGGGUUACCUGCUGGGCACCAACUGCUUCGGUGGCCUCGCCUACCGCCUGGGCCAGUGGAAGGUAGCUGUCGCCGCCAUGAUGCUUGUCGGCGUGUCUGCGUUCUCCAUCCCGAGCGCGAGAGCGGUCUCGCAGCUGGCGGUGCCUCACUUCGGACUCGGCCUGGGCAUAGGCGUGGUGGACGCCGCCCUGGUGCCCCUGCUGGCGAGCCUCGUGGACUGCCGGUACGGCGCACACUACGGCGCGGUGUACGCGCUCCAGCAGACUGCCGUCAGCCUCGCCUACUGCCUGGGUCCGCUGGCGGGCGGCGAGCUGGUGCGUGCCCUGGGGUUCCCGUGGCUGAUGCGCGGCCUGGGAGCUGUCACGGUGCUGUACUGCCCGCUGCUGGCCGCUGUGGGGCGCCGCCCUCAGGGUGCCCUGCUGGGCGACGCCAGCGCUGUAAACUACCAGACGGCGGAGGACGGCGACAGCGGUGGGACGGCGUACAGGCGCUUCCUGGGCUCCGACACCAGCAACUAGCGCCGCUCGCGGCCAGCCUCGCAACUGUGCACACGAGCCGUCGCAUGCUGCAAAUAAAGCUGUGUCCAUUGGCUCUGCUUGGUCUUUUCAUUUCCUACUAUAACCUGAACUGCGCUUAUUUCCCUUUCUUUAUUGGCAUUGUUCCGAGAAUGAGGUGUUGGAAGAAUCUCGAUGGGUAUGAGUCAUUGAAAAAUCUCAAUCAACA